GGGCGCUGGUGGGGGAGGGAAGAUGGCGGAGCGCUGGGGCGGCGGCGCGUGAGGCUGCGGUGUCCGGGACCGGCGGGACGGGGCGAGCGGCGAAGCCACAGCGCGUGGGCUUGGAGAGCGAGGUACCGGCCUACGGUCUUUCAGAACCAAGAUCAGCCAUGGCCACAGAGAUUGGCUCCCCGCCCCGGUUUUUCCAUAUGCCAAGGUUCCAGCACCAGGCGCCUCGGCAGCUGUUCUACAAGAGGCCUGACUUUGCCCAGCAGCAGGCGAUGCAGCAGCUCACUUUCGAUGGGAAGCGGAUGAGAAAAGCUGUGAACCGAAAGACCAUAGACUACAAUCCCUCUGUAAUUAAAUACUUGGAGAAUAGAGUAUGGCAGAGAGACCAGCGAGAUAUGCGAGCAAUCCAGCCUGAUGCAGGAUAUUAUAAUGAUUUGGUUCCUCCUAUAGGAAUGCUGAACAACCCUAUGAAUGCUGUAACGACAAAAUUUGUUCGGACGUCUACUAAUAAAGUAAAAUGCCCGGUGUUUGUUGUCAGGUGGACUCCUGAGGGGAGACGCUUGGUCACUGGUGCAUCUAGUGGAGAGUUCACUUUAUGGAAUGGACUGACUUUCAAUUUUGAAACGAUAUUGCAGGCUCACGACAGCCCUGUAAGGGCUAUGACUUGGUCACACAAUGAUAUGUGGAUGCUGACAGCAGACCACGGGGGAUAUGUGAAAUACUGGCAAUCCAACAUGAACAACGUCAAGAUGUUCCAGGCACAUAAGGAGGCGAUUAGAGAGGCCAGUUUCUCACCCACGGAUAAUAAAUUUGCUACAUGCUCUGACGACGGCACUGUUAGAAUCUGGGACUUUCUACGUUGCCAUGAGGAGAGAAUUCUUCGAGAGUUUCCUGUUCAAGCCGAACACCAGUGCGAAAGCUCAUUUCCUGCAGAGCAGCCUAUGUGCGCACAUGCAUGCAGAGCUCACAGUGAUCACAAGUGAACUUAUUUUUCAUUUGCUUACAAGUUCUGAAGAACUGUCUUCCCACCUAGUAAUACAGAAAUGGAGAAUUUUUUUCUUCCUUCAACUGUGUUUCUGGAUCUUCAUUAUCAAGUAAAAUACCAUCAAAUGUCUUUAAUUGUUUAAAUCUACUCCAUGGUUUGUAUACUCUGCACUAUCUGCCUGAAAGUGAAGGGUCUCUUCAAAGUUUUUGACAUGUGCUUUCUCAGUCAAAUAGCGAAUCCUGGGCCGAAUAGAAAAUCCAAAUUCAGAGAUUAUGCUUUCAGUAAUCAAAAAGAACCUGAGACCCAGAAGUACAUCUUCAGUUUGGUCUUUUACUUUGAAACACACAUUAGUAGCUAGCUUUCAGCCUUUGAAGCAGGUUGAAUGUAAGUCAACUCUAUAGUGGAUAAUUUAAAAAUAAAAAACCCAAUACACCUGAUGUUGCUGUUUCCAUCUUGCAUUUCUUUUGUCUUCACUGUCUCAGCAGGGAGGGAAAAUUCAGCAAAUUGAAGAGACUCUUGUACAUUGAUACUGUGUUUCUUGUAAGGGGAUGUAGUGUUUAAACCCUCUGUUUUCUAUGGCCUUGCUUCUUUGUGCUGUUAGGGUUUCAGGUAUAUCUAGUAUAUCGGUUAGUCUACUGAUUCAUCCUUACGUGAAUUAGUAUUAGAAGGAUUUUUUCCUCAGAAUGAAAGCCCAAAACGAUAGGAGACCCAUCUGAUCGUGGCAUCAACUAUAUCAAUCUAGAGAAGGCAAAUCCUAGAAUUUUCAAACAUAAAAAGAUGAGCUGUUUUGAGAUGCUAGUAUUGAAUCUGUUAAAUGUCUUUGUUGGUAGAUUUUAUUCUGACUGCAGGUCUCUGACCUUCAUUAAUUUUCUUUGCUUUGGCAAAGUGUGGAACAAGGGAUAAGUUGCAACUGAGUCUUUUGAGGUACAGUUGUCCUCUGAAUGGCUGUGCAUCAAACUUCUCAUGUUUUAGACACUAGAAACUCUAGGGAACUUGAUCACUUGGUUGUUAACAGUGAAUCUGAAAGGCUUUUUUCCUUCACUAACAGUUCAGAUCACUUGCACAGUCAGUGAUGCAGGAGCCCUUUUGUUCCUCGGUAUGUGUUGUGCCAGCCUUGAUGCUGCUUCUUUGGGCUUCAUGCAUAGAGAGCCCUUUACACGGUCUCACUCACUUCAUCUCAUUAGGAAACUCUGUCAGCUUGGUGAGAUUGAGUUAGGAAUUUCGUAGACAAUUUCCAACUUCUAAAUGGAAGUCGUCACACAAAAUAAACUUUCCUAGCAUCUUUCUCUGUAUCUUUUUAGAGUUUAUUAACACCAAGGACUUGAUGUGUGAAUACGCCUUUAUUGAGCUUACAGGUGACAUCAGUCAUCUCUGCUUGUUAGUGUGGUGGGUAUAACAAACAUUACAUGGGAAGAAUCUAGUAUCUUCAUGCUUGAGGCUACUAGAGACGAUGGUGUCAUCUAGCAAAUCGAUUUUAUUCCUGAAUAAUACUUUCAAGUCUCUAUUAUCUUGGUUUUCUAUUAGAGUUAGAAUUGAAUAGUUAACAAAAUCUAUUUCUUUUAAAUGUGAAAACAUCUAAGAGUUGAGAAAGAAACUUCCCACCUUUGACUUGCAUCGGAUUCCUAUUUGUGAAGUGUUUGGAAUUGGACAAAAAAUGUAUUCUCAUCAACUAUACUUGAAGUCCUUUGGUUUCUGUGAUGAAAAGACAUUGGUUAGGGGGUAGCUUCAUGAUGCCUUUGCUCCCUGAAACAGUGCCAGGAGGUUUAGAGGGUGCUGAAGUCUGAUCAUGGAGCUGAUUGCAUCUGAUAUACCUUAAAAGCUUUUAGUUUAUAUUGCAGUUCAGUUCUGAGUAGUGUUGCAGUACAAUACAGUAAGUCUUAGAUUUCUGAUUCUCACCUAGAAUCUAGUGGUGUAAAAAUCCUGAAAAGUUAAUAGCUAAGAAUAUAUAGAAUUCUCAAAGAAUGGGUAAAAGAGAUCAUGAGAGAUGAGCCACAACACCACAUUAUGAAAAAGUUACACUGGAUACUUGUGUCAUCACUCCGUAUGCGACAAGAGUGAAGAGGUGCUGUGAGAGAAUGAGAUUAUUUCAGAUUCAGGUUUGAAGUCUCUUUUCCUCCCUGAAAAUUGCCCUGAAGCUGGAAGUUCUAACAUCUCUCACUUUUAACUGCAAGGGAAAAUUUUACACUGAAAAGGCUAAUAUUUGUAAUAAAUCUGUUUUGUUUAGCUUGGAGGAAUAUUGAGAAACUGUUUCACAAGUCACUCAGCACUUAGUGCUGCUGAAAUACAUGAUACUUCCUUAAGAAGUUUUACAUUAGUAGGGUUUUUUGCAUCUCCUUCCUUUUAUGUGUUUGAUAUUGCUAGGGGUAGGUAAUACUCAAGUAGGUGAAGCCUUUUUUACCAUUUGCUAGUAGGAAUAAUUCGGUGGUGAGACCUUUAGCAUCAUCUGGUGUGGUGUGACUAUAUACAGAAGUACACACAAUAUGCCUGGAACUCUGCGGAAGGCUCAGGACUGGCCUACAAUGAGAUCCCUUGAUGCUGCAGUGAGCUUUGUGUUAGAGUUCUGUUCUUCAUUGCUGGGGAAGGAAAACAGUCUCUUAAGCAGAUUAAAUUAGUACUAACAAAGAAAAUCCCAAACUACAGAGGCAUCUAAGUACUGAUGCCAAAUGUAUACCAGUCUUCCUUUCUCAGCGCAAAUGUAAUUGUUGAACAGGAAGCUGGUUGUGCGCAUUGGGGGUGAUAGCUUCCUGGUAUUGCACUCAUCAGUAUUUUUCAUAUCAAAGGUUCUUAACAGAAAAAAAAUUAUCUUCUCUGGUAAAAUAAUAUGUUGAUAAAUACUCAGAAUUGGGCACUAAUUUUUUUUUAUUUUUUUUUACUAGAGUCUUUUGUCUGACAUAACCAUUUCCUACUAGAGUGUAAUUAUAGAAAUACGCUGUUGCAAAAUAAAAGGUAGUAGUCUUGAAAAAACAAAAGCCACGGUUCUCUGGUGAAAAUUAAUUCAUGUCAGUGCUUAGAAACUUCUCUUGCAGUCUUUUUUACUCCACUUUUCUUUUGUCUCUUGAUUCAAUGGACCACUUUUUUUUUCUUUCCCCAUGGUUACUGUACGAAAAGCUUUUGUGCAUCUAAGUAAGCAUAGACUUUGCAAAGCGUUUGAUACUUUGUUUUGCUUCAUUUCAAUCGUGCAUACUCAAAAUCAUUUCCUAUUCUAGUACAUUUAGUUCAGAGUCAUAGUCUGACUUCAGUAGUGAGACAGUUUGCAUCAAGUUUGCAACAUUGCAGUUCUCAUACUUGAAGAUCACACACAUGGACAGCCAGGCACUGGCAAGUGGGGAGGCAGCUUGCAGAUCUCUUCCCUAAAAUAUGAUGGUGUUUAUUUCUCUCUUACCUACCUGGUCUUAUGACCUUUUCAUGAGAAAGUUUUGCUUAUCACAUGCUGUGUUUGUAGGAAGACACAGUCAAAAGAGAAGCUGGGGGAUGUGCUGAAAUGCAUAUAGCAGAUGAGGAGAAAGGGAUAAAUAAGAAUCCAGAAGAAGCUUUGGUUGAAGGUGGCUGAACUGAAGGAUAGCAAAUGGGAGGGAAAUGUGGAAGCUGUGUCAGAAUGAAAAGAAACUUCAUAAAACAACAGCUGGUGUUAUGAUUGAGAAGAGAUACUGGCAGUGUGAGCAAGGAGAUGGGAACGAGGUGUUGAAAAGUAGCUGAAGUUUUGCUCCUGGCGUGGUGGGGGUAAAUCAGGCAAACUCAAGUUUCUGAGCACCCAGAGGAGAGGCUGGGCUAUAGUGGCUGCACAACACACUCAGACACAAGCAGACAGUAAGUCAUGUACCAUGAGCCCGUGUGUCUGUGUACUACGAUGUGUAUGUGGAAAUGUGUAAUAACACACAUUUUUGUGCCUCGAUAUCUUUUAAAUUUUAUUUUCUAAUUCGUGACUCCUAGAGACUCCAAGGUGAUGAGUUUGAGUAGAGUUAGGAACAUGUUUGGCAUUCAUUUGGGAGAUAAAGAUGGAGUGUUGUUAUAGUGAGUGAUACCAUCCUUCCUAUUCUAACUAGGAGAGAGCUCUCUACCAGUUGAUUAAAACUCUUUGUGGCUUUUUAGUCCCUAAGAAGUAACAUGGAAUUAAAAAAGUAAAAUUUCCCCCUUCAUGUUUUGUCAGUUUAACAGCUCUAAAAUUGAAAUAUGUAGUGGUUGCUCUUCAGACCUAAGGCUGAGUCUGAAUUGCUUCCGUUGGGAGUAUCAUUGAGGUCCAUAUGUGCUGUAGGCUUCUGCAAAAAAUGGUUGCUUCUACCAAGGCUCCAAGAUCUCAGAGAGUAAACUUCAAUUUCCAUUCAAAAAAGCUGAGGACUGUGUUCCCCUUGGCUGCUUAAAAUUGGGAAAGCAGUAUCUUCUAGUAAAAAAGCAAACCCUGCUUUCUGGUGUGUGCUGGCAGAUACAGAUUUUCUAACAUAUGUCCAAUAGCUUUUUAUUUGCCUUUUUCAUUUAGAAUGUUGGAGGAUUGAAACAUUUUACAUGUUAUAUUUGAAUCUUACUUUUAAAACUUCUAUCACUUUAAAAGAACUUUCCUCUAAACCGAGUUGUAACACCUGGUAAAUUAGGAGCUUAACUAGUUAUUCCAGCUCUCAAGGAGUAGGAUGAAUUGAUGAAAAAAAUGUAGCUGAUCCAGUCUGUUGUUACUAUUAUGGGAUGUUAGCAAAAAUCGAGUCUAAAUACUGAUACAGUACUUCUGCAUUUUAAAUCCUCCUUAUAGCUGACUUCCUUCUCUGUUCUCAAAGAUGAUCCUGGAGAUCUUAUUUUUGUGUUAAGGUUUAAGGAAGGAGUAGCUCUGCUAAGUAUUUACUGUCCUCAGAUUGAGGAUUUGCAUAGCAAGACUUCAGCAGUCUUGCCUUGCUUAACAUAAGGCCCAGUCCUCAUUGAGAGUUAUUUUUCAUCAGAGGUUGAGGUUCCUCCUGCCUUUAGAAAUGAUGAGUACACUUAGGGAUUAAAAAAAUCAGCGUAUCUUCUUUCGAGUCAAUGAAAAGCUGAUUUACACCCCCAAACUUUCCAUCUUGAGAUGAGGUGUGAAGUUUAGAUUAAAGUAAAACAUUUUCCUGUGAAAAGAUAAUUUUCAUGUCUCUUGUAUUUGGAGCUAAUAACACAAAUUGCUGGAUGAAUGCUAUUCACAGGUGAGUAAUUUCCCACUUAAGUCCAAGUCUAAUCGGAAUCCCCAGAAGCCUGAGCUCAAACUCACUUGAUGUUCCAGGUAUGUUGCUGUUAGAAAAAAAUAAGUAUAAUGGUAAGGUUAAGAGUUAGUAAAAAGAAAAUAGUUUAUCUCCUCUAGUCUGCUGGAAAACACACUUAAAAUGCCAUUUUUACUGGGGAGAUGGAGGCUCUAAUUUUCUUUUGGUUUUUUUUAGCUAUUCUCUUACUAGUGCAGUAGAACAGUGUGAAUGUGUUUGUUCCAUUUUAGAUAUUGUUCAGUCUCAGUCCUUGGAGGUUUUCAAAAUAUGCAGCAGCCUGAUCUGACCCAAUAGCUUCGAGGAGAAGGUUGAACAAAAGACUUGUGAGGUUCCUUCCAACCUGACUUGCCCUGUGAUCUUAUGAUACUGAAUUCCCCUGUUUUGCCUACUGGGAAACCAACAAAAUAUCCUUGUGAUGUCAUUUUGAGUGACCUUCAGCAGUUCCUAGCAUAUAUGACAUAAGGAACUAAUCGUCAACAUCUUUUUAGUUUGUUUUUCCUCCAGCUUUCAACAUGCCUGAGGAAAUACACACUACCUAUUUGGACUGGAAAGAUUUCUGAAUGUUUAGUGGAAGUUUUUCCAGAUAUUAUGCAUAUUUAAUCAUCCCACAGUGAUUAAUAGUUUGGUCAGCUUAAUUUUUAUGGAAGUUUAAGGUGUGCAUAUAGUCCUACAAGCAGUGGGUUUGUUGUAGAUAAGAUGGGAGAUGUGAUAGCAUGCUGUAAGCAUCUGCAGUACCCCCAUCAAUGUGUAACCACAAGUAAAAAGACAUCUCUAGAUACACAGAUAUACAUAAAUAUGGAAUGCAUGUGUAACCUGAGACUCUAGAACUACACAGCCUUCAUAAGGGUGCCCAGUGGCACAUUUUAUAGACUUAAAUAUUACUUUGCUGCUUUCUUGUUGUUUUGGUUUUUUUUCAAAAUUCUGCAGUCCUGAAAUAGAAUGUGCAGACAGGGUUGUAAAGCUCUAAAACGUGUACAAUUACACUAGAUUGAAAAUGUCUGCUUUUUAAGGAAAAAGUAAUGUAGGUAACUGAUUUACUCUCUAAACAGAAGCAGCCUGGGUGGGUCCACCUGCUUUGUCAUGGCAGUUCUGGAAGUUGUGUUUCUUUAGAUCAUGUUUCUAAGCUCUCCAAAGUGAACAUCAGCCUUUAGUUCUAGAUGAAAUGUUUUGGGUUUUUUUUAAACAAAAGCUGGUGUACAUAGUAUAUUUAAUUGUUCAUGUCUACACCUAUCCCAGGUCUUGACUGACCUUUAUGGCUAAAACUAAAUUUUAAAAUUAAUUUUCAAGUAUAAGCAUAUUAAGAUAAGACUGUAGAAUAUUAAAUAUAAUUUUGGGGCUGUAAUGUUUUUUAGUUAAAAAAAAUGUAGAAGUUGCUUUGUCUUGAAACAUGUUACUUUUCAAGCACUUGAAAAGUCCAAGCCAGAUUUAUUCUGGUUUUCCUACUACAGAUGAGUUUAGAAAGGAAUAACACAUUUCAAAAUCUGUUGACAAAAUUCCCCCUUCUGAUUGUAAUUAAUCAGUAGGAAGGAACAGUUGCACUUGGAAAAGAACUUCCUGGAUGUCUGUCAAGCAUGCUUGUACAUAGCACAGUUACAAGAUCUAAAAAUUGUUACAGGAUGUCUCUGUUUUCUAAAGCUAGGCAGGUGUUUGUGCCUGGUGAGGGGCAGCCCUCCCUUUCCUUCACACCUGCUUCUUUCUUUCUUGCCAUGCAUAAUUCAUAGGCAGAAAUAAUGCUUUUGGGUAGAAUAGCUGAUAGAGUUCAAAGAAGGGAUGGUUGGUGGUUGGUUUGUGUUUUUUGCCUAAAGCCACACCAGCCUGUCUUGGGGAGACAGAAAUUUGCUCACUUGAGAUCAGCUGAUAUGUUUGGAUUAGGUGUUUUCCCUACAGAUUUUGUUGUAUCCCCCUAAAUCCUCCAACAGCAAUGACUCUUUGUGUUGCUCACCGAGCAGGAACUCCACCUGCUUAAAAUGAAUGUAGAAGUGUUUUCUCAUUCUCAAAAUAAUGAAAUCAAGUGAUUAGGAAUAUUGGUAAUGUUGAUGAGUACGGAUUUCUGUGGAUCACCCUUCUUCUGGAGCUUCCUGUUCUCCAGAGACUUAGCAGUAAGCGUAUGGUACUAAGACUAGGAAUGUAAAAAGCAACAUUCACUCAGACAAUUAUUUUAAUUCAUUACAUUGAUUUAUACUCCGCAGUUGUAUUUUGGAGGUCUUUGGACAAAGGUAGGUUCUCUUUUGCACUAUUCCCAGCUUAUCAGGAGUAACCUUUGCUUCAGAGGAAUGGGGGGAAAAAAAGGAUCAUUCCACUCACCUACAUAAGCAUGUUAGGUUUAUCAUUCCUGCACCAUGUAUUGCAUUUGCUGACAAUCUCAAACAGGGCUUUUGUAAAAAUGCCAUCAGAAGUUUUAAUGCGAGUACUAAACUUUAGAAUUUCUGUGUUUACAAACUGGAACGCUGGAGGCUUUAAAUAGCAGGUACAGCCCUGCCAGCCAUUUUUGUAGAGAUGUGACUGCUGCUUCCUGUCUGAAAAAACCCAUCCUGCCUGUCAUGGGGUUCCUCAUGUGCUCGUGCUUCUCUCCCACUUUGCCAUGUUCUUUUCCCUGUGUCUGGAAUUCUUCAAGGACCAUAUAGUCUUUCUUCCUAAGAGCUCUUACUGGGUGUGUUUCCAACACUUGUCACCAUGAGAAUGCCUGUUCCUAGUAAGUGAAUGGAAAUGCUGGCAGUUAAGUCUGUAUUGUGCAUAAUGGUUGAAGCUGCAGUAGUUCCUGCAGGACUGUCCUCCCAGGUAUCAUCACUGCAGCAAGCCUCAGCUCUUGACUGAAAUUUAAAGAAGGUUCUAAAGAAUGGUGGUUUAUUCCACAGAAAUUCUUUACUAGAAAUAUCAGAAGUUACUUUUAACCCAUUGCAAAUGGAUUAAAACCCAUUUGAAUGACCAAAUUAAUAACUUUUGUUCCAGCAGAAUAUUAGUAUUUGAAUAAGUUUUGUUAACUUUUUUGCAAGAUGUCAAAAUGCAAGUAAGGAACAGGCAUGAGACAGAUUUUCCUGAAAAACACCCAGAAGGAUUUAUUAGAGCAGCAGUUAGUAAAAGCACCUAACAAAAAUUGUUUAGUAGUGGCAUUUAAAAAUUAACAACUAAUGAGAAUUUUAAAUUUGAAGUGCCAUAUUAAAAAUCUUAAAAAUUCAUGCUGCAUUUGCUAAAACUGAAGAGUAUCAGGAUAUUUUUCCUGUCUGCUAUUUGCUGUCCUUGCACAGAUAGGGGGGCUUGAGUUUAGGAGUGUAAAGUUAAUUCAGUUACGAGGAUUUUCUUUAAAAACUACUGUAGCAUCUGUAAAGUGUACUUGUUUGUACAUGAUGGCAGGAAUAACAGGGUUUGCUGCUUCCUGUCCGAUAGGAUUUAUCUGCCAUGUGUGCUGCAUCUCACUGCAGGUGUCAUGGGAAAGAACUUAAACCCCAGAAUUUUCUGUUCUGGGCAAAAUGUGUUGAUGCAAAGGCAUGCCUGGCUGUGCCCCU